GGGCCCAGCCUUCUUUCUCACUCCAGCCUUAGCAGUGCUAUGCAUGGCAUGCAGUCAGGGAUCGGAUGUUUUUUCACAGUCUGGUCUCUAUUCUAAUCACCAAGACAUUGGGCCACGUUAUGCUGGAGUAUUGCUGGGACUAUCAAACACUGUUGGAGUGCUUGUUGUUGUCUUUGGCAUGGCUGCCACUGGAUACAUUCUCCAACAAGGUUCAUGGGAUGAUGUCUUUAAAGUUUCUGUCACCUUGUAUAUCAUCGGCAUAUUGGUCUGGAACUUCUUCUCAACUAGUGAGAAAAUUCUCGAAUAGGGGAAAUAUUAAAUGAUAGAAAGAAGGGAAAGAAAAAGAUGAAGCUUAUAAUGAAGGGACAGAAUUCGUAAAGGUCAAAAGAAGAGAAACAUAACUAUAAUAUCAGGUUUCAGGUGAAUGGAGCUAAACGUGGCCAAAACCAGAAUGCCACCAUUUUGGAAUUAUCUCUCCUUCCGGUUGACUCAUUUGAAGCUGUGCCCCCACAAAUAUGUGGGUGUCGCUUGGCUU